GAGAGAGAGAGAGAGAGAGAGAGAGAGAGAGAGAGGAGAGAAAAAAAAAGAGAGCUAGAGAAAAAAAACAGGGCUCCUCCUUUCUCGAGGGUGAAAUAAUGGAAUCCACGAAGAGUAGUACCAGCAUCCAAGGAUUGUCUUCGCUCCGCACCGCCGUCAUUCUCGUCACAGCAGCGGCUGUUCAACUCCUGCUGUUCCUGCCGGCUGUUUCGGGAUUACCGCCUGUCAUCAGAAUAGGUGCCAUGUUUACGGUCGACCAGAGAGAGGGGCCGACGGAAUUGGCGUUCAAAUAUGCCGUCUACAGAAUCAACAAAGACUCUUCCUUAUUGUCCAACACGACCUUAGUGUACGACAUUCAGUACGUGCCUCGAGAUGACUCCUUCCACGCCUCUAAGAAAGCCUGCGAACAAAUCAACUUCGGGGUGCAGGCCGUCUUCGGGCCCUCCGACCCCCUCCUGGGGUCACACAUCCAGUCCAUCUGCGAUGCCCUGGACAUUCCCCACCUGGAGGCCAGGCUGGACCUGGAACCGGAAUACAAGGAGUUCUCGAUCAACCUCCACCCGACGCACGAGAUCCUGAACAGGGCGUUCCAGGAUGUCAUGACUUUCCUCAACUGGACCCAAGUUGCUAUCAUCUACGAGGAGGAUCUAGGUCUCAUCAAGCUCCAGGAACUGGUCAAGUCACCUCCCAAGGAGCACAUGGAAUUCCUCAUUCGCCAGGGGUCGCCGGAGAACUACAGGGACCUCCUGAAGGAGAUCAAACAGAAAGAAAUUUACAACAUCAUCGUCGAUACGAAGCCUGAAAACAUGAAUCACUUCCUCCGCGGGAUUCUCCAGCUGCAGAUGAACGAUUACAAGUACCAUUAUUUGUUCACAACUUUCGACAUAGAAACAUUCGACCUGGAAGACUUCAAAUACAACUUUGUCAACAUGACAGCCUUCCGUCUCGUCGACUCCGAGCACUACAGAGUAAGGCGAGUCCUGAAGGACAUGGAGAAGUUCCAGCCCAUCGGACACAACAUCCUAAACCAGAGUCGGGUCAUUCAGGUAGAACCAGCCCUUAUGUACGACAGCGUCCAUGUCUUCGCCUUAGGCCUACAGGCUUUGGAGCGCUCCACGACACUCAGGCUAGCCAACCUCUCGUGCGACCACGAGCUUCCCUGGGGCGAUGGCUCGUCCCUCUUCAACUACAUAAAUUCGGUCGAAUUCAGAGGAAUCACUGGACCAAUUCAGUUCAAAGAGGGCAGAAGAACAAACUUCAAGUUGGAUAUUCUGAAGCUGAAACAACACUCGCUGGUGAAGGUGGGCGAAUGGAGUCCAGGAAGUGGAGUGAACGUCACGGACAGAGCUGCUUUCUACGAUCCAGGAACGAUGAAUGUCACUCUUCUCGUCACUACGAAUUUGGACAAUCCGUUCAUGAUGAUGCGUCCUGGGAAGAACUUCACGGGCAACUCCCGCUUCUACGGAUUCUGCGUCGACCUCCUGCGCGAGAUCGCCCUCAUUUCGGGCUUCGACUACAUCAUCGAGGUGUCUCCCGAGGGCGUUUACGGCGCCAAGAACCCCAUCACGGGAGAAUGGAACGGCAUAGUCAAGCAACUCAUGUCAGGGGAAACUCCUUACGUCAUGCUAAGGACAGACCAGAGCAACCUGACGGGAAACGCGCGGUACAAAGGCUUCUGUGUCGAUAUGCUGAAGCACAUCGCCAACAUGAUAGGGUUCCAGUACCAGAUCCGCGUGUCCCCGUCCAAGACCUACGGGAUCCAAAACCCGGACACGGGAGAGUGGAACGGAAUAGUCAGGGAACUUCAGGAUAAUAAAGCCGACCUCGCAAUCGGAUCGAUGACCAUCAACUACGCCAGAGAGAACGUCAUUGAUUUUACCAAACCUUUUAUGAAUGUGGGAAUCAGUAUCUUGUUUAAGGUACCCACCAGCCAACAAACGCGACUUUUCUCCUUCAUGAACCCUCUGGCCAUCGAGAUCUGGCUGUAUGUCCUGGCAGCCUACGUCCUCGUGUCCAUAACGAUGUUUAUCGUCGCUAGGUUCUCGCCCUACGAGUGGCACAACCCUCACCCCUGCGCUCAGGAGAACGACGUCGUCGAGAACCAGUUCUCUCUGUCCAAUAGCUUCUGGUUCACGAUUGGGACCCUCAUGCAACAGGGGUCAGAUCUCAAUCCGAAGGCGUGUUCGACGAGGAUAGUGGGCGGUAUAUGGUGGUUUUUCACACUCAUUAUCAUUUCUUCGUACACGGCUAAUCUAGCUGCUUUCCUCACUGUGGAGAGAAUGAUUACACCUAUAGAUGACGUCGAGGACUUGGCUAGUCAGACAGAGAUUCCUUACGGCAUCCAGAGGUCGGGGUCAACCAUGACCUUCUUCAGGGACUCCAAGAUCGAGACCUACCAGAAGAUGUGGAGAUUCAUGGAGAACAAAAAGCCGAGCGUCUUCGUCCACUCUUACGACGAAGGAGUGCGCCGAGUCCUGGAAGGGAAUUACGCAUUCCUCAUGGAAUCCUCGAUGCUGGAUUACUACGUCCAGAGGAACUGCAACCUCACCCAGAUCGGAGGCCUUCUCGAUUCCAAGAGUUACGGCAUUGCUACGCCUAUGGGAUCCCCCUGGAGAGACAAAAUUUCCCUGGCUAUCCUAGAACUGCAAGAGAAAGGAGUCAUACAGAUGCUCUACAACAGGUGGUGGAAGAACACAGGUGACACCUGCAACAGAGAUGAUGGUAGCAAAGACAGCAAGGCAUCUGCGCUAGGUGUAGAUAACAUAGGUGGUGUGUUCGUAGUGCUGCUUUGUGGCUUAGCCUUCGCCGUCCUUAUAGCAAUAUUUGAGUUCUGCUGGAACGCCAAGAAAAACGCACAAGUAGAUCGGCAAUCACUGUGCGCAGAAAUGGCAGAAGAACUGUGCUUUGCCAUGAGGUGCAGAGGUUCCAGACAGAGGCCAGCCCUCAGGCGACAGUGUUCCAGAUGCGUUCCAGGCGCCACCUACGUUCCAGCGGGUCUGGAGGUCCCCCACAUCAACGGUAAUGGAGAGAGUGGACCGACGGGGGAGGCUGAUCCUCGGCCGAGGAAGUCGUCCUUAAAGUCCUCCAUUCAAAGUAUUGUCCCGCGCUACGGCAGCAAGGAGUCUCUCAGUCCUCACUGAUGGCUCCAAAUCCUCCUCCUCCUCCUCCUCCUCACCAACACCAUUCUCACCAACACCAUCACCACCAUCACCAACAAACCUCACUCACCUCCUCCCUGCAGCCGUCACCGCCGCCUCCAUCUCCUUUCGAAGGGAAGGAAGCUUCGUUCCUUCCUCUUGUGACGCGAGAGUUCGAAGGGGGUCCUGAAGAAGGAAUACAUUGACAAUAAAGCAUCCGUUCUUCCUUCGCUUUCUCUCUUCGGUCGUCGGGGGAUCUCGAAUGAAAUGUUUGAAGUCCUUCCAGUCUUCCUGUUUUUGCGGAAUCCAGACUGAGCUCCUCGAAGUCCUCCUGUCUUCGGGGAAUCCCAAAUUAGCUCCUCGGAGUCCCGCUAUCCUUCCUGUCUUUGGGGAAUCCCGCAUACGCUACUUGAAGUCCUUCUGUCUUCAGAGAUUCCUGAAUGAGCUUCUCGAAGUCCUUUUGUCAUCAGGGAAUCCGGAAUGAGCUCCUCGAAGUCUUUCCAUCCCUCCUGUCUUCACAGACUCCCGAAUGAAAUCCUAGAAGCCUUUCCAUCCUUCCUAUCUUCGGGGAAUCCCAGUUGAACUCCUCGAAGUCCUUCCAUCAUUCUGUCUUCGGGGAAUUCCGAUUUAGCCCCUAAAAGUCCUUCCAUACUUCCUGUCUUCGGAAAUCCCGAAAAAGAUCCUCAAAGUCCUUCCAUCCUUCUUUCCUGUCUUCGUGGAAUCCUGAAUGAGCUUCUCGAACUCCUUCCUUCCUUCUGUCUUCGGGGAAUCCCGAAUGAGCUCCUCGAAGUCUUUCCAUACUUCCUGAUUUCGGAAAUCCCGAAAAAGCUCCUCAUAGUCCUUCCAUCCUUCUUUCCUGUCUUCGUGGAAUCCUGGAUGAGCUCCUCAAACUCCUUCCAUCCUUCCUGUAUUUGGGGAAUCAUGAAUGAGCUCCUCGAAGUCCUUACAUCCUUCCUGUCUUCGGGAAUCUGGAAUGAGCUCCUGCAAGUCCUUCCAUCCUUCCUGUCUUCGGGGAAUCCCGAAUGAGCUCCUCGAAGUCCUUCCAUCUCCCCUGUCACCGGGAAUCUCGAAUGAGCUCCUGCAAGUCCUUCCAUCCUUCCUGUCUUCGGGGAAUCCCGAAUGAGCUCCUCGAAGUCCUUCCAUCUCCCCUGUCUCCGGGGAAUCCUGAAUGUUGCUCGAAUCAUUUCGUCCCCACCUGUGCUUUAUAGAAAACGUGUGCGACGCUGGAGGUCUUUAGGAAAAGACGUUUUAUGAGAAACUCCUUGUAUCUACUUCUGCAAAACCCAACGUGAAAAGGAUAUUCACUCGUCACUCGCACAUCAGAUUUGGCUUUUGUUAAAGGGGUUGAGUGGGGUAAAGAAGUGAUCUGUACUUCUGUACAUCCUCCAAGAUGGUUAUCACAUCUUGACAUAAUAAGGUAUCAUAUACCUGUUAAUUACACACCAAACUUUUCCACGCAAGUAGUGAUUUUUGUAAUUGCCAAUAGUGUAACAUAAAAUAGAGUGAGCCAGUUAACGACUUGCAUUUUGAGGCGUAAAUGUAAAGACCUUGUACAUAAACUUGUGAGACUGUAAACCACAUUUUUCUAUGAACAAAUCAUGUGAUCAACUGUGUAUUAAAACCCUUUGAUAACAAAGCGGAAGAAUUAACUUGUAAGAUUUGCCAUUAUCAUGAGGUGUAUAUGUAUAUAUAUAUGACAUUCAGAAAAUACAUUACAUCAUAUUCAGUGACCCUCAUUCAUGAUCUAGUGUUUAAUCCUGCCUACGCAAAUAGAAAGAUUCAGUGAAUGGAAUAGUAUACUGAAUGUUUGUUUUCUUUGUGAAAAGUUUAAAGGUAGCUACCGUUUUCCUUGUGUGUGUGUGUAUAAAUUAGCAGACUGCCUCUUAGAAAAAGUAAGGUAUUUUGAGUCUUGGUGAAAAAUUGUCACCUAUUACAAUAACUUUAUUAUUUGAAAAGCAUUGUCAUAGGAACAUAAAUCUUUUGAUCCCUAAUUUUUUUCCAGUGGAUCUCUUUUCUUGGGCCUGAAAUAGGAUUGUCUUCACUCUCUUGCAAAGGCUAACUUUGCCUUAGGAGAAAAGGUAUGAAAUUUGUUAGAGUUAAGAAACAAAGAUUUAUAAUUUAAUCACCUAUAAUUCUGUUGUCAAUGGUUUCUUAAUCUGGAACAGUAGGCAAUGUCAGAAACACGAAUACUGAAAAGUAGUUUUUGUGUGACUUUGAACAAAUGAAGUUUUGUAAAAUAUUUAUUAUAUAUAUAAUAUACAAUACA